CUCUGCUUUCUUUCUUUCUUUCUUCCUGCUGUUUCUUGCUGUUGGAGUCGCGUUCGGCCGGCCGCGCGUGUCCGUGUGCGCGCGUUUGGCCAUGCCGCUGCUCUGAAGCGUGUCGUCGCUCCGGGGAGAUGGAGCUGCACAUUUUAGAGCACAGCCUGAAAGUGGCGAGCAUCGAGAAGGAGGGGAUCCAGGUCUGCACGCACGGACUCAUCAAGCUGGCCUUCCUGGCCUCCAGGACCAGGUGUAAGUUCUUCAGCCUGACGGAGACUCCGGAGGACUACACCAUCAUCGUGGACGAGGAGGGCUUCAAAGAGCUGCCCCAGUCGGAGCACAUCAGCGUGGCCGACGCCACCUGGCUGGCGCUCAACGUGGUGUCGGGCGGCGGCAGCGCCUCCAGCUCUCAGCCCAUCGGAGUCACCAAGAUCGCCAAGUCCGUCAUCGCGCCGCUGGCCGACCACAACAUCUCCGUCUUCAUGCUGUCCACAUAUCAGACCGACUUCAUCCUGGUUCGAGAGCGAGACCUGCCGCUGGUGAUGCACACGCUGUCUUCCGAGUUCACCCUGCUGCGAGUCGUCAACGGAGAGACGGUCGCCGCCCCCCACCUGGGCGUGUCCAACGGCCUGGUCAAACCCAAACUGGUGCCUCGUCCCAUCAUCCACCCGCUGUCCAGUCCCAGCAACAUGUUCUGUGUGACCAGCCUGGACCCCGACACGCUGCCGUCCGUCGCCACGCUGCUCAUGGACGUCAUGUUCUACUCCGGAGGGUCUAAAGACUCGGGAGCGAGCGGCGAGGAUUCGAGCCACAUCCGCUUCUUCUCCUUCUCCCUGAUCGAGGGCUACAUCUCCCUGGUCAUGGACGAGCAGACGACCCGGAGGUUUCCCAACAACGUCCUGUUCACCAGUGCGUCCGGGGAGCUGUGGAAGAUGGUCCGAAUCGGCGGGCAGCCUUUAGGAUUCGAUGAGUGUGGCAUCGUGGCCCAGAUCGCCGAACCUCUGGCCACGGCCGACAUUCCCGCUUACUACAUUAGUACCUUCAAGUUCGACCACGCUCUGGUUCCUGAGGAGAACAUCCAGAGUGUGAUCGGGGCUCUGCGGCCGGAGAGCGCAGCGGCAGCGCCGUGAGGGAGGCCCGCCGGACACCAAGCACACCGCUUCCACCCCGACCCGGACCCUAGACCGGACCCGACCCGGACCCUAGACCGGACCCUAGACCGAACCCUGACCCAGACCCUAGACUGAACCCCGACCCAGACCCUAGAACGAACCCUGGCCUGGACCCUAGACUGAACCCUGACCCGGACCCUAGAACGAACCCUGGCCUGGACCCUAGACCGAACCCUGACCCGGACCCGGACCCUAGACCGAACCCUGGCCUGGACCCUAGACCGGACCCUAGACCGAACCCUGACCCAGACCCUAGACUGAACCCCGACCCAGACCCUAGAACGAACCCUGGCCUGGACCCUAGACUGAACCCUGACCCGGACCCUAGAACGAACCCUGGCCUGGACCCUAGACCGAACCCUGACCCGGACCCUAGACCGAACCCUGGCCUGGACCCUAGACUGAACCCUGACCCAGACCCUAGACUGAACCCUGACCCAGACCCUAGACUGAACCCUGACCCGGACCCUAGACCGAACCCUGACCCGGACCCUAGACCGAACCCUGACCCGGACCCGGACCCUAGACCGAACCCUGGCCUGGACCCUAAACCGAACCCUGACCCGGACCCUUGACCCAACCUGAACCAUAACCUUGACCCCUACUCUAUCAAAGUGCCAGGAGCUGGUUCAGGAGGCAGGGAGGGGGUAGAACACAAACUGCCCCCUACUAGAGGCUGCUACCGCCCCCUACUGGAGGCUGUUACUGCCCCCUACUGGAGGCUGUUACUGCCCCUACUGGAGGCUGUUACUGCCCCUACUGGAGGCUGUUACUGCCCCUACUGGAGGCUGUUACUGCCCCCUACUGGAGGCUGCUACUGCCCCCUACUGGAGGCUGUUACCGCCCCCUACUGGAGGCUGUUACCGCCCCCUGCUGGAGGCUGUUACUGCCCCCUGCUGGAGGCUGUUACUGCCCCUACUGGAGGCUGUUACCGCCCCCUACUGGAGGCUGUUACUGCCCCUACUGGAGGCUGCUACUGCCCCUACUGGAGGCUGCUACUGCCCCUUGCUGGAGGCUGCUACUGCCCCCUGCUGGAG